AUGCUGAUAUUCACACUCACCCAGGCUGCGUGUUUUGCAUUCUCGUGUAGUUCGCAAUGGCAUCCAGAUGCCUAUGUUCAUUUCGCAAGGCUAUUCGCCUUCCUGAUUAACAGUGGCGCAGCGCUAAGCACUUCCACCUCGCUGGGUGGAACGGGGUUGGACAAGUUCAUCGGCGCUGUAGAGCUCAAUGCGGAAAAGUCUCGGAUGCUCACGCGUCUCGCUCAUCGUGGUGGCAUUGUCACUGUGCGUGGUGCAUUGCAAUCACCAAUAAGCAAAGCGAACUUACUGCAGGUUCUCGUUGAAAAUGAAGAAGUCGUCGAUAUUCCCGACGUUGCCAAAGCUAUCAUCCAGGAGUCCGAACAUGACCUCAAUGUCGAACUUCUCUCCGGCCGCGCUUCUCCAAACGAUAUCAUCGGGAAUACCGCAUUAAUCCAGCUCGCCGUAGGAUGGCCCAGAGGAAUAGAAAUCCUAGCAGACGCCGGAGUCGAUAUGCAUAGGAGAUACCCAUUAUCUCCAUUGUACAUGGCAAUGCGCGAACGUAACUACCAAUCAAGCAAGGCAUUGCUAGAGGCCGGCCAUCCACUCAAGCCAGAUGAUAUCUGCGCAGCGGAGACUCUGAAUGACGGUAACAAGAUGACAAAAAUUCUCAUUGAAGAAUUAUCAAAGCGACGCAAGCGACUUGCCAUAAUUGCUCAAGCUAGCAUGUCGCAGAUCGACCUUGCGAGAAUCGAAGUAAUUGCCAGUGCCAGUGUCUUCCUCCCUUCAUCAGUUCCCGAUAUCGUCGCGUCUAGAAUAUGCCUUGCGUUGAAAGAACGCGGUAUCAAUAUUGACCCUUCACUCGAAGUUGCGGAGCCUUCGAUCUCGAAGUCCGUAUAUCAUCAACCUUUGCGAAAGAUAGACACACUUGACCUACUCUUCGAACACGGCUUCGAAGACAUCGACACAAGAGAUUCAUCCGGCAAAACACCCCUCAUGACAAUGAUUUCCUCAUCGGGUAUUUACGAAUCAUCGCAUAAGAGACGGCGAUGGCUUAUUUCGAAAGGCGCCGAUCCCACCAGGUCACUUCCUUGGGGUAAUAAUAGUGGAGGAACCGUUCUCCAUCUACUCGGAACUUGUCUAGCCAGCAUGUUAGCUCGGGAAAUAACGCAUACAUCUCUAUCAGAGCUUCGGCAAUUCCAAGCUCCGGAUUCCGACUCUGAAGAAGACCCUUUAUUUGACUUGCGGUAUACCCUCCGGGCCCCUUGUCGAGAUAACUGUUUAUGUGCUUGUUCGAUGGACGGGUGUACUCCGCUACUAGCGGCUCUGCGACAUCUUCUUCUCCGCUACACGCCUAGAUUUUACAUGAAAGGCGGGGUAAAUCGACUACCCGGAGCCAUAAACUUCCUUAUAUCGCGAGCGGAGAAAAGUGUCGAUAUUCAGAUUUCUAUUAUUAGGCUGGUCACGUUUGAUGCAUUGGAUCUUACACAUACAUGUUGUCGCAAAAGUGAUACUUUCGCCGACGAUCGGCUCCAAUACAUGGAUAAAGCUGAAGUUGAUGAAAUUCGAGACGAAGAGUCUCUUCUAAUAAAAGAAUUCGAGUCUCUGCUCGAUGAUCUUGUUGCUGAAUUCCGGCGACUAGGUGUUCCUAUCAUGGAGUUUUUGCAGGGGCCUUGGUAUAGGAUGGUCUUGGGACAUAUUAACCGACUGGGUAUCUACGAUCAAAUUCACAUGAGCGAGGUCCGGGGAUUGGAUUGA